UUUUGUAAUUGACCGAGUUUUUGUAAUUGACCGAGUUUUUGUAAUUGACAGAGUUUUGGUGAUUUAGAGAGCUAUUGUAAAUCGACCGAAGUUUUCGCAAUGGACUAUUUUUAUGAGCAUUGAUUGACAAAAAAAAMMAACAUAUGGAACGUGCUUGUGUAAUGCAAUGCACUGAUAAGUGUACACAUUCAAGCGAAGUAACGCAAUUGACAAACGAAUAUUCAAUUACAUUGAAAUGCAAUUUUGAACCAUUCCGCGCGCCAUAAUAUGACAUCAUUCACCCGGUUUUAACCUGUGAUAACCUUUGGUAAAACAUUAGCAUACAUAAAUAUAGCAGGUAUACUGUUCGUWCUUUCGCUUUCGCCAGUCUCAUCUUUUUCUCGCCAGACUGUUCCUAGAAUUGGCCGUGUCUUGCUUGCUCCUUAAGCUCGGGUAUUUUCCCAUCUUCCUUGUGCAGUGAUGGAGAUAUUUAACAGUGAACAAGUGGCGAACUUCCUGUKCAAUAAGCGAGUAAUGGUGAUCGGAGACUCGAGAAAUCGUUUGGAGGAGUUGGAAUCGAACUUGAAUGGAGGUCCUUGGGAUUUAAGGUCAAAAAAAAAUUUUUUUUUUAAAGCAUACACUGGACUUUUCUCAGUGGAGGUUAAUUUUGGUCUACUGAGGUGCCCAAACACAUCAGGGAGAAAAGUCCAACGAAGCAUGUACAAGGAUCUUAUUCGUCUCCUGGUUCCAGACCCAACCAGUACAUAYCUGACAAACCAGCAUCUAAAGACCAAGGUAUGAAACUGUAGACAUCAGACACUCCAUGCUCAGUAGUAUUGAAGUAUUAGCCAUCCCA